AUGUCUUGGAUCCCUGCUUUCACAGAAAAAGUAGCAAGCCCCGUUUCUAUUGCUGAAAAGUUAAAAUUUAAGCAUGCAAAUCUAACUCCACAAUCACCACCACCCAAGCCUAUCACUAUCUCUAUUGUUGGUGCUGGACAAAGAGGAUCCUUGUAUGCACAAUUUGCGGAUAUUGAACCGCAAUGGGCCAAAGUGGUGGCUGUUGCCGAACCUGUAGAACAUCGAAGGAAUGCAAUGGCCGAGUUGUAUAAAAUCCCUAAAGAAAACAUUUUUACUGAUUGGAAAGAA